AUGUCUGAUACAUGGACUGAUUUGAAGAAGCGGUCUUUUCUUAACGUGAUUGCUUAUUCCCUGGGUGGUGCUCUCUUUUUGAGGUCAGAGGAGUGUUCUCAUGCUAGAUUGACUGGUCCUUAUAUAUUUGAUAUUCUUAACAGAGAGAUUCAAAGUGUUGGCCAAAAUUUAGUGGUUCAGAUAAUUUCAGACAAUGCAUCCAAUUAUUCCAGUGCACUUGAUAUACUUAUUGGAAAGUAUCGUUGGUUGUUUAAGACUCGAUGUGCAGCCCAUGGUAUCAAUCUAAUGUUGAAGGACAUCUAUGAAAAGGUUUUUUGGGUUCAAGAAAUUUUUGAUGAGGCAAAAAGAAUUAUUGACUACUUGUACAAGUCAAUAAUUGUCUUACAAUUGAUGAGGAGUUUCACAAACAAGUAUCUAAAACAUCCUUGCAAAACUAGAUUUGCUUCAAACUUUUUAAUGCUUCAGUCAAUUGUUGAAGUGGAAGAGAAGCGUAGACUCCUAGUUGCAUCAGUUGAGUGGAGGAGUCUAAGAAAUUCUAGAUCUGUUAAAGCAGAUAGAGUAGUGUACACUAUUCAAAGGGAGUCGUUUUGGAAUGAUUCAAAAGAGAUUUUGAGAUUUAUGGAACCAACCAUUCGAGUUCUUCAUUUGGUUGAUGGUGAUGGGGCUACAUUAGGAUAUUUGUAUGAAGCAAUGGAAAGAGCCAGAGAGGUAUUGGAAAAGCUUUAUGAGGUUGACCAUUGGUAUAACCAAAUUUUGGAUAUCUUUGAUAAGAGAAGGGAUGAAAACAUUUUAAGUACCAUUCACUAUGCAGCUGCUGUUUUUAACCCUACUUAUUUUUUAAGAGAAAGAUUCAAAAAGAUUCCUCAAUUGAAAGAAGCAAUAGAUUUCAUUGGUGAGAUAUUGGUUCCACAAGAUGAGAGGAGAGAAUAUUAUGGACAAUUGGCAAUAUACCACAUGAAGUCUAGCACUGUUUUUACUCCUAGUGCCAAGACGCUGAUGGAAACUAGUCAUCCUUGA